GACAUCUCCUGUCCACCAACUAGGCUCGCCUAUUGUGCAGCUCAGAAAAGGUUACACUCGGAACGCCACUGACUUCGCCCGGUUUGAUAUAGUAACCAAUCUUGAACCAAUCACCCGUUUCAUUCCUGAAGCGGUAGCGAGACCCGAAGAUAUUCCUGUUUAAUAGAAGUCCAUCGUCCUGCAUCAGAUAAGAGCAAGCAUCGUGUGCAAGUAAACGAGAAUCGACAUUACCCUAUCAAAAUUCCUUCGACUUGAUCAGUUCCUAUCAACACCUCCAGGAUCAAGUACAGCGACACACUAUGAGUCUAUUGAAGAUUCCCUUCAUACUAGCUUCUGCUAUUGGCAGCCAUAUUUCAUCAAUUACCCCUUCUCCGCCCCCGUCAUCUGGAGAGAAGGUGGUGCCCUCGUCGUUCGAAUCCUUCAUGGGAUGGUAUUUGAAACUUCGCUGUAUGGAUUUAGCGGUGAUCAGUGCAUGGGCAGCAUCGUUUGCUGAAGUGGCUAGCAUCCUGGCCAUACAUAUAUAUCCCUCGCAUAUUCCAGAAGGUAUCUAUGCCGCUAGAGCCGUGCAGCUUUUGCGCAUUCUUCACCCUACACCAAUCACCCCUGCUUUCCUUGCUGGCAGUGUUGCCAUCGCGACUGGCGGCGCAUUGAGGCUUUAUUGUAUAUCGACGUUAGGAAAGUUUUGGAGCUUCCACCUCAGCGUCAGAAAAGAGCACCGACUUGUGACAAGUGGGCCGUACUCGGUGGUUCGCCACCCAAGCUACACUGGUCUCCUUCUCCAAGUUACUGGGGCUGCCAUCAUGAACGGAAGCCAAGGGUCGUGGAUGAGGCAGUCUGGGAUCCUACAAGUGCCUUUCAUUAAAGUGUUAGCAAUGAUUGUCUUUUUCGGAUCUGUCACAUUAGGCACUUGGAUUUCCCUCAGCCGACCUGCAGUGGAGGACAGAAUGUUGCAGCUUGCUCUGGGAGAAGAAUGGGAGAAUUGGGCAAAGAAAGUGAGAUACCGGCUUGUUCCUGGGGUUUAUUGAUUACAUAUGAUACUAAGUGUUUUGCACGGAUCUGUUUGCUUUUUGUACUUGUAACACUACGGGGAUCGGUGUUC